UUACUUUAUCUCAUUGAUAGUCCCGCAGAAACGCGUGUUUUGUAUAAAAAUGGCGAACACACAACAACAGGCAGGCAACAAAGGUCGAGUUCAAGUGAUUAGAUCAUCACUUCCUUUUCAAGUCCUCCUGUAUCUAAAUGGAUGGUAUUUUGGAUUCUUCUUCAUUUGCGAGAUAUUAAUAUUUAUUUUCAAAGGUGAAACCCUACCGUACGCAGACAAUGUUUUACUUGCCGAGGUGAUUCUGCUGUUUGUUCUGGCAGCAAUUGAAGCCCUGAGGAUAUUUUUUGCCCAAAAAGGAAAUCUCACGGAAAGGAUUGUUGGAGUCAUAGUUUCCAUACUGCUCAGCAUACCAGCCAUCCUAGGAGCAUUGUUCCUUUUACUGUGGCAGACAUACGUCCUCAAAGUUGAUGUCAUCCUUGCAGCGAUACAACUGGCAUUCACUGGACUUGAACUCAUCAUGGCCAUUGUGUCUAUCAUUAAUUUUGCACGAGCUACGCCUUACUGAGAAGCCAUUUUCAUCGAUAUCAUAGGAACAUUUAGAAAGCCAGUACUGUGUAAAUUCCAAUCUGUACAUCUUGACCGCUGGUGUUAGGAAGACUAUAGCUGUCAUCGGGCAAUGGUCAUUUGCUUGUGUUUACGACUCGGCCAGUGAUAUUGCUACUGACGAAUAGUGCUGCUGUACAUUGUACACGUAUUAUACAAGGAAUGUAUAAAAGUGCCACAAUUACCAGAUAUUGGAGAAGGAACGGAUGUGAACCUUAUACCAUCAGUAAUUUCAUUACUGUGUGUGGCAUACUGGAAUAUCAAACAGUUUCCUUUAAAAGGCUUUAAGGCUGUGAUAGACGUACCUGUUGUCCUGCAGUUUCUGUUC